AGAUUUUAGUGUGGUUAACGUUCUAGUACAAUAAAGUACGAUAAACUACGCUUUAAUUUUAUUUUUUUGAAAAUUUCGUAUUAAGCUUUCUGUAUGAUUUUUUCAACCAGAUUCGACGAAGAAUUUUUAAAUCUGGAGAAGUUUAUGUCAUUGAAUAUUAACUACAAAGAAUAUUUUGAUUCGGAAAUUUUAUCACCUUGCAAUUGCGAAGAAAACGCAGAUAUGGGUUCGGUACCUCAGGCAGCUUUCGCAGCUAAAAAAAUGCGACAAAGGGAAGAACAAAUCCAAGCAAUGCUGGAUCCAGCUCAGUACAAUAGUAAAUUUAUGAAUAGCAUUUGGGGACAGUACAAUCGAUAUUCGGUACAUAAUAUGAAAAAACUGAUAGAUGACAAUAUACCCCGGUACUUCGUUAACCCAGUCGAGAAAGUAUCGAUGGAGAAAAGAAUUUUCUCAUCAGAGAUUUCUACUACUAUCAAUAUGUAGGUAACUGGGAUUACAAGGGAUGCUUAAUAUGUACCUACAUUUUAUAUUAAAAUAAAUCUAUAUUUGUAUAUUUAAAAAAAAAAUUAUUGAAGUUAAUAUACGGGAAAACAUUUUACGAUUGUUUUAUUG